GCAGAUUUAAAACGUCUGUCGGCCAUAUUGUUCGAAGUUCUUAUUUUCAGCUGAGUGGAGCACAUAUCCACAAAAUGCAAAUAGAAGUUCUUAAUAGUGUGUGAAAAUUUAUUUAUUGUUAAUCUUGCAUUGUGAUUUGUUAUUGUUAAAAGUACCAUAAACGAUAUCGUCGCUAUAAUGAGUUUCUUCGGAUUUGGUCAAAGUGCGGACAUUGAAAUCGUACUCGAUGGCACAGAAAAUAGAAAAAUGGCUGAAAUAAAGUCUGAGGAUGGGAAGAAGGAACGUCAUUUUCUGUAUUACGAUGGUGAAACCGUAUCGGGUAAGGUAAAUGUAACGCUGAAAAAACCUGGUUCAAAGCUGGAGCAUCAGGGUAUAAAGAUAGAAUUUGUAGGGCAAAUAGAGCUCUAUUAUGAUAGAGGAAAUCAUCAUGAGUUCACAUCUCUUGUGAAAGAGCUGGCCAGGCCGGGUGAACUCAUGCAGAACACACUGUAUGCUUUUGAGUUCCUGAAUGUGGAGAAACCAUUUGAGUCAUACACUGGAUCAAACGUCAGACUACGGUACUUUUUGCGAGUGACAAUUGUACGAAGGCUAUCAGAUGUGGUGAAGGAAGAGGACAUUAUCGUUCACACACUAUCAAGUUAUCCAGACAUGAAUAACAGUAUCAAGAUGGAAGUUGGCAUAGAAGACUGCCUUCAUAUAGAAUUUGAGUACAACAAGUCCAAGUAUCAUUUAAAGGAUGUAAUUGUGGGAAAAAUAUACUUCCUGUUGGUUCGCAUAAAAAUUAAGAAUAUGGAGAUUGCAAUCAUCAAACGUGAAACAACUGGCUCAGGACCAAACACAUUCACAGAGAAUGAGACAAUUGCCAAGUAUGAGAUAAUGGAUGGAGCACCAGUGCGUGGAGAGAGCAUUCCUAUUAGGGUGUUCCUGGCAGGGUAUGACCUUACUCCAAGUAUGAGAGACAUCAACAAAAAAUUCUCAGUGCGGUACUACCUGAAUCUGGUUCUAAUGGAUGAUGAAGACAGACGCUAUUUCAAACAGCAGGAAAUUACACUGUGGCGCAAGGGAGAGAAAACUCGGAAGAACCUUCAGACAUCAGCAACAUCUCCGCAGUUGCCACCUCUCAUGACAGGAGGAACAGAGAGUUUUAUACCAGCACAGAAUCACACCUCAGAUCCUAAGAACCCUACUGGAACUAUAGAGGAUAUGAAACGGGAUAUGGACGAGGAAGAGCACUCUAGCAACUUAACCGUCCCAGCUGUUGGAGAUGCAAGCAGUACUAAUUUGACAGCUGAUGGCAUGGAUGAGUGACAGAAGUCAUGUUCUCAGGGUGAGAUGGACAUGUGAUAAUAUCUGUUCUGUUGCAUAAAUGGGGGGGGACAAAAAUUUUCGUGUAUAUUUGUGUACAUACCCUAUACAUGAGAAGUUUUCUGUCUGCUCUAUUUUGGGAACUGUGUUGUAAUAACAAAGACCCUAACAUCUUGGCCAUUCUUCGUUUCUGCAAGAACGUUGCCAAUCCAUGUUUUAGCUGGUGAAAUGUAAUUUCAGUAAUAACAUAAUUUUAACAUGGAUGAUUUUUAUUCCCAGUCAUGUGGUCAUUAUCCUUUUACAGGAAGGACUGAAUUCUGCUUACAGCCAACAUGGAAGUUUAGUGGAGGGCUUCUGUCUUUCUUGUGUAUCAUACAUGAACUAAUGUGGUCCUGCUAAUUUGUAAAUAUGUCUGAUUGGGAAUUUUCCAUACCCAGUCUUUUAAGGUGACCAGCAAUAAAUAGCCCUCCAUUAUAUUGAGUUUGAUUCAUAUGCCACUUGGCUUAGGGAUCAUAAUGAAAUUAGAUGUGACAGGUAUUCUUUUUCUGCAAGACUUAUCAUUUUAAAAUCUGCAAAGCAUUUACCAUACAACAUUUUGUUCCCAAGAGAAUGUAUCAAGAUAAUUUUAAAUGCAGUUUCUGAAUUGUGGCACUAGACAAAUUGUCUGUAAGACAGUUCUGCAGUCAGUGUACUGAACCCUAGGAUGAAGUUAUGUUUCAUUAUGAAAUAGUGGAAGGAGUCUGUGUUAUAAGUUGUUAUCAAAGCAACGAGAACAGGUGUACCAGAAGUUUGGAAUCCUGCUGCAAAUAAUUCCAUUUGUAUGUAAAUAAUGGGUGGAAACAAGUCAUUUAAUGUUCUGAAGUGCAUCUGAUAGAAGUCAGAAGUCAGUUUAUUCUUUGUCUUAUAUUUUCUUGUUUCAGUUCACUUGUAUGGUUACGAAUAAUUAUUCCAUGCUUUAAUGAAUUUGUAAGAAAGACUUUUCUGUAAAUAGAAUAAAAACCAAAGUCCAUUAUACAGAACUACAGGUGGCUUUGGUUGUACUCAUAUUCUAUAUAAAUAUAUAUAUAUAUAUACA